UGCAAACGUCAACUGUCCACCCGCUUCGCAUACUGUUACGUUCGUUGUGUCGUAGACUGUACAAAUGUUCAUUGCUGCAGUUGUGUUAUUUGCCUGCAUAUCUGUAGUUAAAAAUAACCCGAACGUUCAAAGUGAUGCUUUAUUCAUUGGCUCCAUAUCAGCUCGUGACAAGAACCAUUUCCGUUCGGUUUUCGAAACACAUGUUAAUGAAUCGUCAUCUGAUAUUUCUAAAACUUACCAUGCCAUACUAGGUCUUCAUUCCCUUAAUGAAAGGGUUCCUAAUGCAGAUUCUGCCUGUUCCACCCUAAACAAACCCAUAUCAAACUCAGAAGAGGCAUUCUAUAUGAGUUCGCUGCACAAACUCAUUGGCACUGCAAAGUGUAAGGUAUCAGGUUCAGAGGUUGAGAAGUUGUCCAAGCAGUUGUUGACCGAGGAUAUAUCAAUUGAAAAUCUGUUUUAUCUAGUUUCAUCUAUGAAAAGUCUGCAAAUUAAAAUUGACGCUAACCGUGUUACUUCAAUAAUUAACAAAAUAAAGACCACAGAUACUAGCCCAAUGACGUUGAGUUUUGUUUUACAAAUCGUACUUCAACUUGGUCUGACGAAAACAGAUAUGAAUGGCUACGUAUCUAGUAUAGAUAAAGUUCUGGACCAGGCAAAUGAAAUUAGUGAUAAUCAGCUUUUUUACGAAAAAGGCUUAUACACAACAUCAUUUGUUGCGAAAAGUAUUGUUGACUUCCUUACUGUAUACGGAGAGGUUCCAAAGAGCGUUGAGAACAAACUAAUCAAAUUAUUCAACUAUCUUUAUACACGUCGUCAAACUGCCAAUCUACGUGCUUCUGCUUAUUUGGUUGCUGCUUUCAAAUCAUUAACCGAUUGUCCAGUAUUGUUGCCUGUUGUAGUUGAGUCAUCUGUUAAGAUCAAUGAAGAUUUGGGUCUUGCCAUUCCUCCAACUUUUUCAGUCGAUCAAGCUCAUCCUAUCUUAACUCUACGUUUAAAGCAUAUUUGGACUAAUGUCUAUCUUAAACCAAGUGAAUUGAACCUCAAAGCCGAUGGUCUUUAUGCAAUCAAGCAAGCUGGUAAUAAGCGUAUUUUAAUUGGUUCACCUGAUCGGGGCACUUUUAAACAAGAUGAUAAAAACAAUGCAUUCCAGCUUACUUUGGAUUUGGAUGCGAAAACUACUCCAGGACAAUAUGAAUUAGGAGUAACUGGUACACCAGGUAGUAGUAACAAGGCGGAUAAUCGUCGAAAACUCCUUGGAAUAACUAAUGUUCAGAUUCCUUUACGUAUAAUUACAGAAGCUAAAGUUGCUGAAGCUAAAGUCACUAUCAUGGAUAUUGCACAUGAACGACAUAUUGCUGACAUCAG